CUUGAAUCUGCUCCCAAGUCCGCUCUGCUUUGGAAAAUGGUGCUGUAAACAAACAAUCGGUAAGAGAGGUUUUCGUCGCGACAAUUGGAUAGCUCUGGCGGGAUAUCUCCCAGUAUCUGAGGCUUUAUUUAAUCGAAGAGUGUUUGCAUAUGGGAGUUAUUAGGGGUGUUUUGGUGAGAAGUAAAUUGAACAUACGGGUUCUUCAGAGGAAGCUCGGCUAACUUGUUAGCUUACCACUAUUAGCAGACGUGAUGUUCCAAUUUCCUUCAGUUUAAACUCUCAGAUGUCCAGUCUGUGCCAGCUACCACUUCCAACCACGAGCAAAUGUGGUUAGAUUGAUAAAUAGCUGGUAUUUGUGGUUAUUAAUGUAUGAGUUAGCAGGUUUAGCUAGUUUGAUUGUGUUGCCAGUGGAGAUGCAAGAGGCCUGAGUUACAUCUUCGGGACAAAUAGCGUAUAAAACAGACUUUAACAGCCUGGCAUGUUCAUGUGAUCUUACAGUAUAUGGUGUACAUGGUCACCAGAUGUGUAAAAGGCUCCGAUUCGUUAGUGAAUUGCUUGUUUGUGAGGUUAUGAAAUGAUAAAAGCAGAGGCAGCCUUGCCCACUACCACCUGUAACAAAGUCCAGCAUUUAUUAGAGAGUUUUGUAGUGAUAUCUGAAAAUCAGUCCCGUUUUGGAAAACCAGGACCAUCAUCAGGGUUUGCUGAUGCUGUGCGAUCGGCCCGCUCAUCUGGAUCUACGCACAUUCCCGUCUGCCUGACCUAAAUAGGUCUUUCUCCUUAUCAAGUUACUGUACUGUGACCACCAUGUCCGACAACCAGGGAAAUCUGAACAACAACAACGUCCCACUGAUUAACAACAAUAAUGGAGGGCCGAACCGGAUCCGGAAUCCUGCAAUGAAUCAGAACCCACUGAUCAACGUGAGGGACAGACUUUUUCACGCAUUAUUCUUUAAGAUGGCAGUCACAUAUGCCAGACUGUUUCCUCCAUCCUUCAGACGAAUAUUUGAAUUCCUGGUUCUAUUAAAGGCCUUGUUUAUGCUCUUCAUCCUGGCCUACAUCCACAUCGCCUUCUCACGUUCACCAAUCAACUGCCUGGAGCACGUGCGGGAGAAAUGGCCCCGUGACGGCAUCCUGCGUGUAGAGAUCCAGCGCAACUCCAGUCGAGCACCCAUCUUCCUGCAGUUCUAUGAGACGGAGGGAAUCCAGGGACUGGUGAAGGAACCAGAAGAGGACGGAAGUGAAGCCAGACAGCCAGUUGUUCAGACAGACACUGAAGAGGAGGAGGAGAUGACCAUAGACAUGUUCGACAACAGCACAGUACGGUUUGAGCUGGACAUAGAGCCACGUCUGAAUCCAUCGAUGAGCGGCAGUGUUCCGGGCUCCAGCCUGAAUGAAUCACAGGAUCUGUCCUUCAGCCAGGCCCCCUCUAAAGGUAUGCAGCCGCUGAGGGAGACUGUCUCCGAGAUUGAGAUGCUAACUCGAGCAGUGUGGCCGCAAGAAGAGUAUAUCGUGGAAUAUUCUCUGGAGUACGGGUUCCUGCGGUUGUCUCAGGCCACACGCCAGCGGCUCAACAUCCCAGUCAUGGUGGUGACCCUGGACCCCAUGAAAGAUCAGUGCUUUGGAGAUGGCUUCAGCCGCUUCCUCCUGGAUGAAUGCCUGGGUUAUGAUGACAUCCUGAUGUCCAGUGUGAAGGCUUUAGCAGAGAAUGAAGAAAACAAAGGGUUCCUGAGGAACGUGGUGUCUGGAGAACACUACCGUUUUGUCAGUAUGUGGAUGGCCCGUACUUCCUACCUGGCAGCCUUUGUAAUCAUGGUUAUAUUUACUCUUUCCGUGUCUAUGCUGCUGCGGUACUCACACCACCAGAUUUUCGUCUUUAUAGUGGAUCUUCUCCAGAUGCUGGAGAUGAAUAUGACCAUUGCUUUCCCUGCCGCCCCUCUCCUCACUGUCAUCCUGGCUCUCGUGGGGAUGGAGGCCAUCAUGUCUGAGUUUUUCAAUGACACAACCACUGCCUUUUACAUUAUCCUCAUUGUUUGGUUGGCUGACCAAUAUGAUGCCAUCUGCUGCCACACCAACACGAGCAAACGCCAUUGGCUAAGAUUCUUUUACCUGUAUCACUUUGCCUUCUAUGCAUAUCAUUACCGCUUUAAUGGCCAGUACAGCAGCCUGGCUCUGGUCACCUCAUGGCUCUUCAUUCAGCACUCAAUGAUCUAUUUUUUCCACCACUACGAGCUGCCAGCAAUUCUUCAGCAGAUCCGGAUCCAAGAGAUGCUCCUUCAAAACCAGCAAGUGGGUCAAGGUAACCAGACGGCCCUGCAGGACAAUCUCAACAACAACACUAGCACUGCAGCACCUGCUGGCCAGGCUAAUGCAGCCGCUAACACUAACGGCCAGGACGGUCUAGCUGCUCAGGACCAGUCUCAGAUCGAACCCCACAACGGCUUGGUAAACCCCACUCCGCCCAUCGACCCAUCCAGCUCAAUCAGUGACCUCGACUGGAUGGCCGAGAUGGCCAUUGGCCCAGAAGCUCUGGCUAUUCCACACCUUGGUGGCUCGCUCUUAGAGCCAGGAGGGAUCCAGGAAUCGCCAACGUCCAGCACAGCUGCAUUGGAGCUGCAAAGUCCAAGCAUACCAGGAGAGACCCAGGGGAACAUUAGCACAGCCAGCACUCCUGCAGUAGAUAUAAAGUGCUCUCAGGGUCUGGAGCCCCCUGGUGGUGGAGGAGGCCUGACAGAGUCUGAAACGGAUCCCACUUCCUCCUCAAUGACCUCACACACAGACUGCAAAGUAGCAGAAACGUGUAAGGGCACCACGGACUGGGACGGCAAGACAGAGAACGAAAACGAAAGCUCGCCAGACUCCCACUCAACCCCGGCUUGAGAUAUGCACUAGAUUGCUCCCGUUCAGAAUGAAUGAAUUUAAGCCUUUUGCUCUAGUCACCAUCCCUCUGUGUAAAUUAAUCCAGAAGGCAUCAUGAGGAGAAGCUGUGAUGGAGCAUUAUCUAAUUACAUCCUCAAAAUCUCAGACGGGAACGUGAGGAGGGCCGAAGCAGACUCUAGAGUAAAUUCUUAUUGAAUUGUCAAAAUGAUGCCAUGUGAGAGGAUGUGAUCAUUUGGAGAGUCUUUACAUGUGAUUGUUUUGUUUUUUUAAUGAUUGAAACUUUUUUUUUUGAAUACAAGAAGUAUUCAGCUUGCAAAUGUGAUGUGUUGCAUAAUUCUGGUACUUUUUGUGAUUAUAAAUGUGGGCGCUACAGGUAUCAAUGGCCAGCACGUGAGACAUUCAUACAUUUUAGAUCUGAAUAUACAACAGUGAUCUGGCUUUUGCAAGCUUUAUUUUGCCUUUAUUUCCAUUUCUUUAAUGAUUACAUUGACUUGCUCUAAUGGAAAAUGCUGCCUAUUUAUAGUGGUGGAAAUAAAUUCAAAUGUAUUCAUGUUUUUUAAGGGCCCACUACCUUUGUUCAGGUCUUGGACACUAGUGAUCCUCCAAAAUGUUCACUACGUAAUUUGAAAUCCAGAACAUGGCCUUCCAUGGGGUUCCAAGUAUGAUCUGAGAUAGUAGCUGUUGAUGGUCAGAUGUUUAUUGGUGGCACUGUUAUUGAAAAGAAGUGCACAAGUGGAGCUAGAGCAAGCUGGCAGCCAGUUUCAACAUUAUUAUACCCAGAAUAUUCUCUGAAUAAGUGCUAGUUUAAAACUCUGUCCUGUUUCACAGAGGUCAUUUCUUGUGGUUCUUCCUCAUCAAGAGACAUUUGUUCUUAAAGAGGAUUUUUGUGGUUAUUGUAGACAGGCGUGUCGUCUUUGCACAAAUCUGGCUUCAAUAGAGAGGGUGCGUAUAGGUUAUUGCUUGCCUUGUGCUUCUAAAACUAAAUAUUAACCCAGUAUUUCCAUCUGAAGUACUUUGGGGUCAGUAGCCUUACCAGAGGCUUCAAAGCCAGCAAGACAAUUGUCAUGGGAUAUAAAAGCAACUUAACCAAGAGUAAAUGUGUUGCUUCUUUAACAGAUUUUAUUUCUAAUCUUCCAGACAAAAAAGAUACAGAUUUCUUCAGACAAAAGCAGUGCUGGUCAGACCGUAUUUGUGGUUCAGAUGUGAGGAAUUAUUUCCGUCUGUCUUGCUAAAUCGGUAUCGAAGCAUUGCAACGCAUCAAGAGUACUGACCAAGGGGAGGCAGUUGUCUUUUCAUAUUCUGCUUUUGCAUAGAAAUUUUGACAUGUAGGCAGCAAUUUCAAGUUCAGUGUGUUUCAGGGACUGUAGAAAGAAUGGUUGUCUGAUGACAGAACAGAUUUGUUGAGCUUCAUGACCAUGUGUGAAAAAGACUACAUUUACCUUCACUAAAUGCACCGUAAACCAAGAGAUCAAAUAAAGGAAUCUGUUGUAUACACUCUCUUUGACAUGAGUGUGGAUGGAAUAACAUUAUUGGGGGAGGAGGAUGUUCAUUUAAAGGCUAUGCAACAAAAUGAAAAAAGUUAAAGCCAGGCCCUUUUUUUUCCCCUUCAAAUUGUGCAAUAUUUAGUGAGGUGCAGAUCGAUAAAGGAUUCCAAUUCUGAAAGAGUGAUUUCUAAGAUUUUACGAUCAGUUCCUCAAAUGUUUUUUUUUUUGUUUUUUUUUUGGUGCCGAUUUGCCAUUGCGAGAGGAAACAGAUGAUUGUAGUGUUUAGAUGUGUUGUAGGCCGUCUAGACAGAAACUUAAAAAGUCUGUUCUGUGAUAAACUAAAUUUCGUCUCAUUCAAAUGUAUUUAACUGUAACGUUAAAAAAAAAAAAAAAAAAAAAAAAAAAACUGCAUAAAGAUACUAAAUUAAUUUCCA